UUCAGUAAACACAUGCAUUCUCAAGUGGAGGCAGAAGACGGCGCCAAUGGCGGCAAAGUGACGCUGAAUGUAUCAGACGGAGCUGCAGUAGGCACAGUGUCACCCCACUGACAGAAUUUCGCCACUGAGGUCAGCCAGGGUCUAUAAGAUGGGGGCAUCUAGGAAACUGCAGGCGGAGAUUGACCGAGUGCUGAAGAAAGUGCAAGAAGGGAUUGAGAUAUUCGAUAACAUCUGGGAGAAGCUGUACAAUGGCGCUUACGAUCCGGAGAAUGUAAAUCAGAAGGAGAAGUUCGAGGCGGAUCUCAAGAAGGAAAUCAAGAAGCUGCAGCGAUACCGCGACCAGAUUAAGACAUGGGCGCAGAGCAGUGAAGUGAAAGAUAAAAAGCCUUUACAAGAUGCGCGGAAAGCGGUCGAACGAGAAAUGGAACGGUUCAAGAUAUGUGAACGCGAAACAAAGACCAAGGCCUUUUCACAAGAGGGCCUGGGGAAGCAACCGAGAACAGAUCCAAAAGAAAAGGCAAAGGCGGAGACAAGGGACUGGAUCAACACAGCGGUCACCAACCUCGAGACGCAAGUGGACACGUUUGAAAGCGAGCUGGAAAAUUUGACGACCAAGAAGGGGAAGCAAAAGCCGCCACGAAUGUCACAUCUGGAAGAGUCCAUCGAGCGAAACAAGGCACACGUCAUCAAGCUGGAGCAGAUCCUGAGACUGCUCGACAAUGAGGAGCUGAGUCCCGAGGAGGUGAACGAUGUGAAAGAUCUGGUGGAGGAUUACUUGGAGCGGAACCAGGACGACUUUGACGAGUUCUCGGAUGUUGAUGACAUGUACGAAGCCCUGGGCCUGGAGAAACUAGAGAUGGCGGACAACAUGGACGCGAUCCCCGCGGUGGCGCCGGCAGUCCUGCUCAAGGAGAAGGGCGUGAAGCCUCCCCUGCCGCCUCCCCCCGCGGCGCAGCAAGCGGCGGCAGAGAGAGCCGCAGCGGAGAGGGCCGCUGCUGCCGCUGCUGCGACUACCACCAAGGACAGACCAGGCGGGCCUCUCUCGCCUCAACCAAUCUCCGUCACGCCACCGGAAGAACCCGAGGAGAAAGCCCCAGAGACGCCCAAGGCCGGCACCCCUAGAAACGUCAUUGGCCCGGGUGUGGGACGGGGAGCACCCCUCGGCCGCGCUGGGAGCGGCCCGCUAGUGCCCCCCGUCUCUCCAGUACAAACAACACUUCCCAGCCCGAAAGAAUUAGACACGCUCGCCAACCUGGCCGGCCGGAGAGUGGGCCCGGGGAUCGUCACCCCGCCGAUUGCGGUUCCGACGAGUCCGAAUCGGCUCGCGGAUCUCGGGCCGCCGUCGAACGGGCUCGCACGGUCGUUAUCGGGGCAGGGCAGCGGGGGCUUGGGCGGUUUGGGGCUCAAAAACGCGUUGGCGGGGCAAGGGUUGGAGGUUCCGCCGCUCGGGGCGCAAUCCCCGGUCGGGUCGCGGCUGGGCGCAUUCACACAGGCGCCGUCGGGGAACAAGAUCGCGGAUGCAGCGGAGGCGGUCACGGGGGCCGGCCUCAAGGGCCCCAUCUUCAACCCGGGGGAAGGGAGCCAGUGGCGGCCCCAAACGGCGGGCUUCCAAGGGCAGACCGAGCUGUUCCAACGGGGUCCCCGGGCCGAGAUCCAGCCCGACCAGAAGUCGCAGUACUUGUCCCGCUACCAGGCAGUGCAGCAGGGAGCAGCUGUCGGCGGGGGACUUGCCGCCCUUUCAGGGGCGCAGCAGGCCGCUUCCCAACACCCGUUGGGCACCCCCCCUCUGACGCCCCCGCCCGCCACCCCCCCAUCGCCGUCGCAGUCUCCGCUGGUGGGCAGCAGGGGAAACACGAGGCCCCAAACCCCCGCGACACCAAGGUCGGAGGCGCACUCGUCGGACCGCGCCGCAGAGCACCUGUCCCAGGAGGACGCCCUGCCCGCCGACUUCGCGCGCCAGCUGUCCAUCUCCGAGGACGACCUCAAGAACGCCGACACGUUCGACGUCUCCGUCAGCAUCCCGGGCACUCUGGCCGAGCUCAGCAGCCUGGCAAAGCAGGCCGAGACGCCGGCCGGGAAAGACCAACCGGGGCAGGCGGAGGGGCGGCCGUUUGCGGGCGCGCACACGGACCCUGCGCUGAAUCUGCAGCUGUUGGAGGCGAGCCUGCGCAACAUCCCGCAGCAGAAGGACUCGGAGCGGCCGAAGCACUAUGUGCCGAAAAAUCCGGCCUCGACGCCUGCUAGCUAUCCCUCGGUUCCAUCUCCCAUUCUGGACCGACCGGAGUUGUUCGAGCGGUUCGAGACGGACGUGCUCUUCUUCAGCUUCUACUACCAGCAGGGCACGUACCAGCAGUACCUGGCGGCCAAGGAGCUGAAGAAGCAGUCGUGGCGGUACCACAAGAAGUACAACACGUGGUUCCAACGUCACGAGGAGCCCAAGCUGACGACGGACGAAUACGAGCAGGGGACGUACGUCUAUUUCGACUUCCACAUUGUGCAUGACGACUACCAAACGGGCUGGUGUCAAAGGAUCAAAACGGAGUUCACAUUCGAGUACCAGUAUCUGGAGGACGAGCUUGUCGCUUGAAUCGCUGGCAUUAAAAGUAUUCCCCAAGGGCCUCACUCCUGUGCGACUUCCGCACAGAGUAUAAGAAUGUUGGCGCACUUAAAGAAGUUUAUGGCAUUUUCCGGCGUAACAAGGAGCCGGUCAAAAGAUACAUCGUCGACAUGUCAUGCAGUCUGUUGUCGCUGUCCAAUCCGAGUGUGAGUGCAGUGU